AUGCCUCAAAUCAACGGUCAAGAAGUCGGCCCCAUUGGCUACGGGCUCAUGGGCCUGACAUGGCGCAAAAACCCCUGUUCUGAGGAGCAGGCCUUCGCCGCCAUCAAGGCGGCUCUCGACAACGGCUGCAACUUCUUCAACGGCGGGGAGUUCUAUGGCCCGCAGGAGUACAACAGCCUUGUCCUCCUGGAGCGCUACUUCAAGAAGUACCCCGAGGACGCGGACAAGGUCGUCCUCAGCGUCAAGGGCGCGGGCGGGCCGAGCGGGAUGAAGCCCACCGGCACCGAGGCCGAGAUCAACAGGUCCAUCGGCAACGUCAUCCAGCAGCUCAACGGGCGCAAGAAGCUCGACGUCUUCGAGUGCGCGCGCCGCGACCCGAACGUCUCGAUGGAGGAGACGUUCGGCGCCAUGCAGAAGUUCAUCGACGAGGGCAAGCUGGGCGGCAUCUCGCUCAGCGAGGUCCGCCACGAGACCCUGCUCGACGCCAUCAAGAUCACAAAGGUCGUCGCCGUCGAGAUCGAGCUCAGCCUGUUCCACACCGAGGCCCUCUCCAACGGCAUCGCCGCCACCUGCGCCAAGCACAACAUCCCCCUGGUGGCCUACUCGCCCCUGGGCCGAGGCCUGCUCACCGGCGAGAUCAAGUCGCCGGAUGAUAUCCCCGAGGACGACAUGAGGAAGCACAUGCCGCGUUUCCAGGCCGGCAACUUCGAGCACAACAUCACGCUGGUGCACAAGGUCAACGAGCUGGCCAAGAAGAAGGGGUGCACGCCCGGCCAGUUCGCCCUGGGCUGGGUCAGGACGCUGUCCAAGAGGCCCGGCAUGCCCACCAUCAUCCCCAUCCCCGGCGCCACGACGGUGGAGCGGGUCAACGAGAACUCCAAGCUGGUGGACCUGACGGACGAGGAGAUGAACGUGAUCGAUGGUAUCCUUGAGAAGAUGGAGGUCAAGGGCGACCGCUACCCCGAUUACGUCCCCGUUGACACUUAG